AUGGAGACGCAGAGUAAUCGGCCGCAUCGGGCGAAGAAAGAAAAGAAGAAGCCACAGCGCGGCGAGAAGAAUGUGAAGGCGUUUGCGGUCGCGAAUCCGGGGCGGUUGGCGAAGCAGGCUGUACGGUCGAGCGAUAUCAAAGAGAAACGCCUGCAUGUACCGCAGGUCGACCGCCUGCCGGAGGAAGCGCCGCCCAUCGUCGUUGCGGUCGUGGGACCCCCGGGCGUCGGGAAAACGACGCUCAUCAAGAGUCUGAUCAAGCGGUACUCGAAGCAGACGCUGUCGCACCCGACGGGCCCUCUAACGGUCGUGACGUCGAAGCGCAGGCGGCUUACCUUCUUCGAAUGUCCGUCUGACUCGCUGGCUGCCAUGAUCGAUGUGGCCAAGAUUGCGGACAUUGUGCUGCUGAUGAUCGAUGGCAAUUUCGGGUUUGAGAUGGAGACGAUGGAGUUUCUCAAUGCGCUGAGCACGUCGGGCAUGCCGGGCAACGUGUUUGGGAUCCUGACACAUUUGGAUCUCUUCAAGAAACAGAGUACUCUGCGCAUGGCGAAGAAGAGGCUGAAACAUCGUUUUUGGAGUGAGUUGUAUCAGGGUGCGAAGCUUUUCUAUCUUUCCGGCGUUAUAAAUGGGCGAUAUCCGGAUCGAGAGGUGCACAACUUGUCGAGGUUUCUUUCCGUCAUGAAGAAUCCCCGUCCGCUGGUGUGGAGGAACAGCCAUCCUUAUUGUCUUGCGGAUCGGUUUCUGGACGUCACGCCCCCAACACAGAUCGAGGAGAACGAGAAGUGCGAUCGACAGGUCGCGCUGUAUGGAUACCUGCGAGGGACGAAUUUCCCGGCUGAGGGUGCCAGAGUGCAUGUCCCUGGUGUGGGGGAUCUGACGGUCAGAGAGAUUGAGGCAUUACCAGAUCCGUGCCCGACGCCGUUUCUAGACCAAGCUAUUGCCAAAGCAACGGGGAAGUCUCGUCGGCGGAAAUUGGGUGAGAAGCAGAAGGUGUUGUUCGCGCCUAUGUCUGAUGUCGGUGGUGUGCUGGUCGAUAAGGAUGCCGUUUACAUUGAUGUCAAGACGAAUACGUUUGAUAGAGAGGCGGAUGAUGUUGAGGAUCGCGGGCUGGGUGAACAGUUGAUGAUGAAUCUACAAGGGGAAAGGCGAUUAUUGGGAGAGUCGGAAGGUGGUGUAAGGCUCUUCCAAGGUGGGAAGCAGCUCACGGGUGAAGGUGACAUGGGUCGGACCACAAAAAGGGGUGCGAGGAUUGUGCAACAGAAAGGAGACACAACUCAUGAAAUUGAGGACCAAGAGGAUGAUGAAGAUGAUGAAGGCUUCGUCAGUGGUGAGAGCGAAGAAGACGAGGAGGUUGAAGACGAUGCCCUGAGCGGCUUCUCCGGAUACAAGGGACGACCUGGAUUCGCCGCAAAAGACGAUCUAGCGAACGGAGACCCAGACGACCUUGAGUUUGCAGAAAGCGAUUCUGACAUGGGUUCAGUUUCCGGAGAGGAGGACCUAGGUUCUGAUCUGUCUGAAGAUGAUCUUGAUAAGGUCGAUGAAGACGACGACGACGACGACGAUGGAGCUCUACGGUGGAAGGAAAACCUAGCAGAAAAUGCACGAAGAACGCAUGCAUCAAAAGUCGCUUUUAGGGCUGCCGACCUAUCCAGGCUUAUGUACGAUUUGACUCUAUCACCCUCGCAGGUCAUGGCCAAGUGGAGGGGCGAUACUAUCAAAUCAGACGAUGACGAUCAAGUUGACCCGGAAGAUGACUUCUUCAAGAGGGCAAAGAACGAUCAUGAUGCUGAUAACGAGGACCGAUUGACACCCAGAUAUGACCUGGAAGCAUUAUCGGCCAAGUGGGAAGAUGAAGACAACAUUCAAGCGCUGAUGUCUCGCUUCACCCGAGGGUCUUUGGCUACCGGUGCUAACGCCGACGGUUCUGAUGACGAAGAUGGAGAGGACGGCGAGGAUGGCUUUGGCGACGAAUCUGAUGAAGGUGAUGGCGAAUUCGAAGAUCUGGAAGCGACUACAAAUGAAGGACCAGCUGCAGAAGAAGCACCCACGCUGGAAGAAGAAAGAACAAAGAAUGCAAAACGGAAAGAGGAAUUGAAACUUCGAUUUGAAGAAGAAGACAGAGAAGGAUUCGCCAACACCAAGAACGAAGUCAAGGCAGCCGAGGAAGAAUUUGGUGAGGACGACUGGUACGAUGCACAGAAGGCAAUGCUCCAGAAGCAGUUGGAUAUCAAUCGUGCAGAGUUUGAUAGUCUCGAUCCAGCCUCUCGAGCACGCGCCGAGGGGUUCAAAGCUGGUACGUACGCCAGAAUUGUCCUCGACCAGGUGCCGUAUGAGUUUGUCCGGUCGUUCAACACUCGGAUGCCGGUCAUCGUGGGCGGUUUGGCACCAACCGAAGAUCGAUUUGGUUAUGUUCAUAUUCGAAUCAAGCGACAUCGAUGGCACAAGAAAAUCCUCAAGACAAAUGACCCGUUGAUCUUUUCCUUGGGCUGGCGGCGGUUCCAGACGGUACCACUCUAUUCGAUAUCUGAUUCUCGGACACGAAAUCGGAUGCUCAAGUAUACACCUGAGCAUAUGCACUGCUUUGGAACAUUCUAUGGUCCUCUGGUUGCACCAAAUACUGGAUUCUGUUGUGUACAAUCAUUUUCGAAUGUCAAUCCAGGAUUUCGGAUAGCAGCCACUGGAGUGGUCUUGAACGUGGAUGAGACCACGGAAAUUGUCAAGAAACUCAAGCUUACAGGGCAUCCAUAUAAGAUCUUCCGCAACACGGCUUUCAUCCGAGACAUGUUCAACUCUUCAAUAGAGAUCGCCAAGUUUGAAGGAGCCAGUAUCAAGACGGUGUCGGGGAUUCGAGGACAGAUCAAGCGAGCACUCAGCAAACCCGAAGGACAUUUCCGAGCAACUUUUGAAGACAAGAUUCUCAUGUCUGACAUUGUUUUCCUACGGGCUUGGUUCCCAGUCAAGCCUCACCGAUUUUACAACCCAGUCACGAACCUGUUAGAUGCGCCUCCCAGUGGAGAAACCUCUGGAGAAGGCGAACGCAUCAAUGAUGGUUCAGAGGGAUGGCAAGCCAUGCGGCUGACAGGAGCAGUCCGUGCGGCGAUGGGAAUCCCAACACCCCUAUUGAAAGAUUCAGCAUACACCAAGAUCGAACGCCCUACUCGUCAUUUCAACCCUUUGCGAGUACCUCGUGCGCUCGCCGCAGACCUCCCAUUCAAGUCUCAGAUCGUUCGACAGAAAGCACGCAAAGCACCGACAUAUCUCCAGAAGCGAGCAGUCGUGCUGGGCGGAGAGGAAAAGAAGGCGCGAGAUCUCAUGCAAAAACUACAGACUUUACGAAAUGAAAAAGUGGAAAAGCGAGCCAAGAAGCAGGAGGAGCGCCGGGCGGUGUACCGCAAGAAGGUCGCUGAGAAUCUGGAGAAGAAGUCAGAACGCGAGAAGAGAGAGCGUGAUGAUUAUUGGAGGAGGGAAGGGAGAAAACGGAAGCCGACUGCUGAUGGCGGCAGCGGCGGUGGAAAAGGAAAAAGACAGAAGAGGUCUUCUUGA